CAAAACCAGAAGAUUAUGUACCUGAUAUGUCAAGGCGACUUACUUUGAUAUUUGGUAUAGCAUUCAUUAUCAUGGCAUUAGAAAUGCCAACAUCUGUUCGUGUCUUUUCUUACAUAUUAUGGGGUUUUGUCAUAGUCAAUAUAAUUAUUGCUAUAAUUGUUGUUGUUAAUAUAAUUCAGAAUAGACAGCAUGAGAUUGAUAACUGUAUCCAAGAUUUACAAAAACUAUCGGGUAGUAAUAGUAUCGAUACAAAUGCGUCACUAGAAAAUUGUACCCAUUACAAGACCAUGUUUAUUAUACGAAAUGUUGUUGUAGAAAUAUUAUUAAUAUUAUUCGGUGUAC